CUUUUUCAUUUUAAAAUAUAAAGAAAAGAAUAUCUCAAGUGAAUAUUUCAAUUGGAUACAUUUUAGAUCAUAAAAUAUAGAGUUUGAAAUUAAUAACCAAAUGUAUUUAGUUAGAAAAAUUAAAGCGCAGUUCUAGAUAAAAAAGUUAAUCACGAAAAAAAAUCAGUGAAAAAGUGGAAUUAUCUACUAUCAAUCAUAAAAGCUAUAUAGAAGUAGUAAUUCAUAUUUCUUUCGUUAUAUUUAGCAGAUUUACUGCAAAAAAUUGCUUUUGUUUCUCAACCAUCAAAAAAUUUUAUCAAAAAAUCUUACAAACCUCAUUUAGUGACACUUUAUUAGUUACCUUGUUAGCUUAAAAUAUUGCAAAAAUAUUAUAUAAACAUAUUAAAAACGUAAUCAAAUAAAACAUACGUUUAAAUAGUUAGUAUCAUCAGCUACUUUCGAUGUGAAAAUUCCGAAAUAGUAUGUCACUAUUGAGCGUUGCAGUUAAACGUGCUAAGUUUAUUGGGGAUCAGGCAGCUCAUUUGAAUACUUAUGUUAUAUUAAAACUUCAAAACGUUAAAACGUCCACAGCACCUAUCAAGGGAGCAGAACCUGAAUGGAACCAAGAUUUUUUAUUUGAAACAAGCUCUGUUAACACUGCAUUGUUAGUUGAAGUUUGGUCUAAAAAUAUUCUUCUCGAUCGUGCUAUUGGAUAUCAACUUAUCCCAUUAGGAACAUUACCUUACGUUCAAUAUGAAUAUCCUACGGAAAAUGAACAGUGGUAUAAUAUUGACGCUGAACAAAUUAUCAUAAAUAAUGAAGUUCAAGGUACAAAAGAACCUACUGGUCACUUAAUUCUUUUGGAUUUACAUUUUGAAUUGCCUUUCGAUGUUGAUACCCAAAAUAACGAUCAACUAACUAAUAAAAUAAACUACAACAAUAUAGAUUAUAACACCGAACAGUACAUUGAAAACUACAAAAGUUAUGGAGACUAUACAUCAACAGACUACAAUUGUACAAAUGCUUCGCUACAUGGAACCCAAUAUGAUCAAUUGGAAACACCUUAUUCGUCGUUGGAAAAUUCUAGACAGAACUCAUAUGAAAGAGACGAACGUCAG